AUGUCAGAUCCAAGUCAGAUAUGUGAAAAUUUAACAAAUCCGGAGGAAGAAGAAAUCACAUCACAAAAUGAUGAAUCAAAGAUAAUCUCAAUCUCUGGCCACCAAGAAGAUGAUUCGGAAUAUGAGGAUCUGGACGAUGAUGACGACGAAUCAUUACUGAAUACUGUUAUGAAGAAAGCUCUUAUGAAAAAGACUACGGAUAAUAACGAAUUGGAUAUAAAUAUAAAACCUCGACGUAGUCAUGAAAAACAUCUCGAUGACGAACAUUCUGAAGAUGAAAAUGAUAAUCAAAGUGUUCCAAAUCUAAAAUCAGAUGAAACGAAGAAGAAGAAAAGUGUUGAUGAUGACAAUAAUACUCAAAGUCCGGCUUACAUUCCUCGUAAAGGAAGAUUCUAUGAACACGAUGACAGAACCUUAAACGACACCGGUCGUUCAAAAAAAGAGACGUCACGCAAUGAUCAUCGGUUUUACACGGAUGGUGAUGGUAAAUGGCAACAUGAUCUUUAUUUUCGUGACGAACAAAAAUCCACAUUUCGUUCUUCUGUACAAAAACACGACCAUGAACGUACUAGACAUGAUUGUCAGUCGAAUAAUCGGUUUCACACGAACGAUUUUAUGUACAAAAAUCAUGAGAAUUUUCAGCAACAGCAGCAAGGACAACAACGUUAUCAAAAUGAUUAUCGUCAACGAGUUCCACAAAGAAAUACGCAAAACCCGGUGAAUAAUCGAACAAGUCAAUUUAAUCUAAAAGAUUAUCAUCAAUCAUUGCCAUCGGAUAAUCGUCAAAAUCUCAAAAAAGAAACACCAUUGACCCCAGGCCAACAACGACACAAUCAUGGUCCAUCUCAAAAUGAUCAACGAAUAUUUCGUCGGCGUAGGAGUCUUCCCGAUACUAACAUGAAUCAACAAGACAAUGUCUCCAAAUUCAAAGAUAGUUUUAAUCGAAACAAUCAAAAAGUAUUCAAUGCUAAUUCACCUCACCAUUCACGAAAACAGUUUGAACUAUUCGACAAUAAACCAAAUCUACCACCACGCCUACAGAAACCAUCUUAUCAACCAAGAACAUCGUUAAAUCUUUCUCCAGAUGUUUCAACUACCGAACGUCCUAAACGAUAUUCAAACAUGCGUAAUAACUUCUCGAGUACUGCCCAACAGCCAAUCGUACCAUCGCAAGUGCGACCCUAUCGAGAACAACGAACGAAUAAAACCGAGCAAAAUGAUUGGCCUCAAGCACCACCACCUCCAACAUCCUAUCUCCCACGUCAGAUAAUCACGCCACAGAUGUUCUAUCAACAGUAUAAUUCACGAUCCAAUCAAGUGAUUUCGGCGCAAACAUCAAUGUCGCAACAAUUCCAAGAAAAGAAUUGA